GCGCCUGCGCACUCGGAGCUGGAGCUGCGCGCUUCGCGCUUCGGAAAGUGGGGGCCCUCUGCGGCCUUCUGCGUGGUUCCCCAACCCACCCUCAGUCUCUGGGCGCGGGACAGACUCCAGUCCCUCCACGUCUACGAACCGUGCAAAUCUGAGGCGGCCAGUAUUCACGUCUCUGCUGUGCUACAGCCGGCGUGGUUGUCGAGCCGGCCAGGGCCUGGCUUCCGACGCGCAGCAGCUGCUGCCUGCAUGCUGCGCUGGCUGAUCGGGGGAGGCCGCGAGCCCCAGGGCCUGGCCGAGAAAUCUCCAUUACAGACAGUAGGUGAAGAACAGUCCCGGAACCCCUACACAGAGCUGCUCGUGCUGAAAGCCCACCAUGACAUCGUGCGGUUUCUGGUGCAGCUGGAUGGCUCCAGUGACCUUUUCUUCUCUAACCAGAUUUGCAUCUGCUGGUGACGAUGGAAUUGUAAUUGUGUGGAAUGCUCAGACAGGAGAAAAGCUUUUGGAACUCAGUGGACAUACUCAAAAGAUAACAGCUAUUACUACAUUUCCUUCUUUGAAAUCUUGUGAAGAAAAAAAUCAACUCAUCUUGACGGCCUCUGCUGACCGAACAGUUAUUGUGUGGGAUUGUGAUACUGGCAGCCAAGUUCGGAGAUUAUCGUGCUUCCAGUCUACUGUGAAGUGUUUAACUGUUCUUCAGAGACUGGAGGUGUGGCUGUCUGGUGGGAAUGACUUAUGUGUAUGGAACCGAAAGUUAGAGCUCCUGUGUAAGACCAGCCACAUUUCAGAUACAGGGAUCAGUGCUUUGGUUGAAAUCCCUAAUAACUGCGUUGCAGCUGCAGUUGGAAAGGAACUAAUAAUUUUCAGGUUAGUAACACCCACUGAAGGAUCACUGGAAUGGGACAUUAUUGAAGUUAAACGCCUCCUUGAUCAUCAGGACAAUAUUCUCUCCUUGAUUAAUGUCAAUGGUGUGAGUUUUGUUACGGGUUCCCACAUUGGGGAGCUGAUCAUCUGGGAUGUCCUGGACUGGACCGUGCAGGCCUAUGAACGCAACUUCUGGGACCCGUCUCCGCAGCUGGAUAUCCAGCAGGAAGUCAAACUCUGUCAAAAACCAAAUGACGUUUCUAUUCAUACUUUCACAUGUGAUGAAGAGAAUGUAUUUGCUGCAGUUGGAAGGGGUUUAUAUGUGUAUAACUUUCAAACGAAGCGUGUGAUUGCCUGCCAGAAGACUGCACACGACUCAAAUGUCCUGCAUAUCACCAAACUGCCAAACAGGCAGUUAACCUCCUGCUCAGAAGAUGGCAGUGUGCGCAUUUGGGAGCUACGAGAGAAGCAGCAGCUGGUGGCCGAGCCAGCACCAACAGGUUUUUUUAAUAUGUGGGGAUUUGGAAGAGUGAACAAACAAGCCAGUCAACCUGUUAAAAAGCAACAAGAAAACGCCACUUCGUGUUCACUGGAGUUGAUUGGAGACCUCAUUGGGCACUCGUCCUCUGUGGAGAUGUUUCUGUAUUUUGAAGAUCAUGGACUAGUGACUUGCUCUGCUGAUCAUCUCAUUAUUUUGUGGAAAAAUGGAGAACGAGAAUCUGCAUUACGCAGUUUAAAAUUAUUCCAGAAAUUAGAGGAGAAUGGUGACUUGUACCGUGCUGCGUAGUAGGAGGCAGCAGGAUACAAUGUGGAUGAACCCUGGACAUCGAGUGCAGGGUUAUACCCCACGAACCGCUAAUGCACUGAUCACUUAAAUUUGCAAUUUUUGACAAGCUACACAAUCCUGUGCAUCCAAGUUCUUUCUCGUGCGUCAUCUUGGGUGUUUUAGUACACCCUCUAGGGAGCACACUGACUAGCUCCCGUUGGCUGUGUGCUAUGGAUGUGAUGAGUGCUAGGUUUUGUAUUUCCUAGUGUGAAUUAGACCCCUGUGAAGUGGUGGAAAUAAAUGAAACAGUAUGCUUAA